AUGGCUGAAAGUCAAUAUAUUAUAUCUCGCGGAAGACUCCUUGAAGGGAAUAGGUAAAGUUUGUCCUCCUCCCCCAAAUGAUACAAGGCUAGGCCGGUUGGAGGCAAGACCAUCCAUCCCCGCGCUUGACCCUUCUCGUCCACUUUUCGGCGGGGCCCAGGCCUCUGCCGUCGCGCUUAUUGGCCUCUGCCCAACGCCUUGUCUGCUCUGAGAGCGACAACAUCGUACGAUUUUGCUCAACAGCAUACGAUGCUGCGCAGUCCUACCUAGUCGCAAUACAAAACACAUCCGGGCCACCAUCCCCCUCACACUUUCCCGCAUCGCGUGAUUUAUCCUUGUCUCGAUCGAUGCGUGCAGCCUGGAUGUCCUCGGAUCAUUAACCAUCAAUCAGCUCAUUUCCCUCCCUGACAGCAUAGCAUAGCAUAGCAUAGCAUUUCUCACCCGCCUUACAGCCAGCAACGGACGAAAGAUGGCUUCUGCUGCUCCAAGGGAUCCCUUCGACCCGACUGCCUUCUCUGGCAUUGCUGCAGGCUUCGACUCACUGAACGAAUUCAACGACUCGGUACCUUUCACCGACACGCUGGCGCUGGACGACGACCCUCUCUUCCCAGCUGAUUGGGAUCAAGAGACGCCCCCUUACGACGGGAACCUCUACUCUACUCCCCUCAGCUGGGAGCCUCCCACCGAGCCUAAGAUCGAGCCGAUUCCAUCAGCACCAUACACGACCAUGAACACGCUCACUCCGGCGCAGCAAGAGAAACUCCGCAAUAUCGCCAUGCCCCAACACCUCCAGUAUCGAAGCCACAACAGUCCGCACUCUACCGCAAGUACCAAGAGCCACUCUAUAUCCUCACCCGACAACAACGAGCGCAGCCGAAAGCGCAAGUCGUCGGCAGAUGUGGAAGACGACGAUGAUGACGAUUCGAAUCAGCCUGUGAAGAAGACUGCACACAAUAUGAUUGAGAAGAGGUAUCGGACGAACUUGAACGACAAAAUCGCUGCGCUGCGGGACAGCGUACCGAGUCUACGAAUUAUGUCAAAGAGUGCAAGAGGAGAGGACACAGCGGACGACAGGGAGGAACUCCAAGGCUUGACUCCAGCUCAUAAAUUAAAUAAGGCGACAGUAUUAAGCAAAGCGACGGAGUACAUCAACCAUCUAGAGAAACGCAACAAGCGACUCCAGGAUGAGAAUGUGGAGCAAAAGGCAAGAUUAGCAGCUUUCGAGACACUUUUCCGCUCUGGCUCGAUGGGUUUCAAUCCAGCACCGCCGAUGAACAAUCCAUUCCAAUUCAACCCUGAUUACAGCACUCCGGGUCCAUCACCUGGUGGUAUGGAGCCACAGGGUAUCAUCCCAAUUCCAGAUGAUAUUCGAAGACUGCAAGGUCAAAUGAGCCAGCAAACCUUCCCAGUUCCACAAGAGCAUUACCGCCAAGCAAUGGGUCCCAAUGGAUGGAACAACGGCUACUUUGGCAAGCUGAUGGUCGGCUCUCUUGCAGGCUUGAUGAUCAUGGAAGGAUUCAGCGAAGCCGAGCAAGAGCAAGAUGCUCCUGGAGCACGGGGUCUAUUUGCUUUCCCUGUGCAGCUUUUGAGAUCGCUCAGCUCAGCAUUACACUCUUCGCUCGAGGUCAACACCAUGGGCUAUCAUCUCUCUGCUGCCAGGAUUCUAGGGUACUUGAAGCUCUUCUUCGUCGUUGGGGCAGUGAUUUAUGUUUUCUUACCAUCUCUCUUCGCAAGCAAGCCAAAGGCCAAAGGCAAGACACAAAGUGCAUCACUGGCUGCAGCACCCUCUCUAGCAUCCUCAAUUCAGGUGCGCCGCCAGGCUUGGCUCACUGCUAUUCAGAGCGUUUGGGUACCACGACACAACUUCUUCCUAGAAGCAGCAGCUCUAUUGCUGAAGAUGGUAAAGCUCAGCACGAGAAAUGUCAUUGGAGUUCAAGGCUACACUUAUAUCACUGGCGUCACCCCACAACAAGAAGCAGCCAGAGUCAAGGCUUGGUCGAUAGCUCUCGAUGCACAGCUUGCUGGUGGAGAUGUCGAGGUCAGCAAAAGUCGACUUACGUUGACCUUACUUGCCUCUGGCACUCUGCCCGAUACCCCAGCUCGUCUCAUGCUCAAAGCACUACACAUUCGUGUCCUGCUCUGGGAGGUCGGCAAUGCAGGGUUCAAUGGCUUCUACAUGUUCCAUGAAGCGGCAGCCAAGAUGGCUCGCUGGAAAUGGAACGAGGCAAAGCAACUGCAGAAAUUGGUAUCUCAUACCAAGGAAAAGCAAGAGGACGAGCUUCCAGAGUAUCUUGCUGCCUUACUCGAGGAAGAGUGCGACGAUGUCCUUGUUGAUAGCAUUGGACAGCGUGCAUACAAUCUAGCUUGGAAUCUCCCAACUACUAGCAACGCUGAGGGUUCCAGCGACAGUAUGGAUGGUGUCGUCGAUGACUUUGCCAUUCGUAGCCCACUCGAUGCUAUUGCAGCUUGGUAUUCCAGUCUUGUCCUCCAACGAGCUCUUGCCAAGAGUCUCCAGACCACAGAAAGCGAUCUCGUUGCACAAAAGUCUGUCAUCGACGAUGUAGCACUUGCUAUCAAGACAGCGCCUAUCGGAUCUCGGUCCCAAAUCCGAGCACUCGUCGCCCGUGCUGUUUUAGUCAAAGAGAAGCGCGGCGCCAGUAUUGCAGAAUCAAUAACAGCUCUGGAUCCAUUUGAUAAAGGUCGUUCAAAGACUGCCUCGAAUUUCAUCAAUACCAGUACUUCCGUGGUUGGAUUACCAGACAUCAAGAUGUCUCUUCGAUGCGCUAUGGCAAUUGCACAUAUCGACCGCUUCCCAGCACCAACAACUCCCAAGACAGCCAUCGAGAUCAUUGGCACUAUUUCCCCAGCCAACCUCACACUUAUCGGUUUCACCGCGGCCUACAAGCUCAUGGAACGAAUGGACGGGCACGAAAUUGUCGCGAAUGCUUGUUCCCAUCAGCUCGAGAAGCUAGCUGGUGGUUUGAGAAUCUGGAUUGGCGGCAAGAACGAUGAUACGGGUGCGCUAGAUAAAGAAGUUAAGAAGGUCAUGGUGGAGCGAUGUUUGAGUAUUUCGAGGAGGUUAGUGGGCAUGAAGGAUAUGGGCUACGAGUCGAUGAGUGAUGAGGAUGCUGGUGAGGGUUGUUGACUGACUUGAUGCCUUUUCUCUUCCUCGUUUCUCAAAAUACCUCCGGAUCAGAGGAUGGUAUGUUUUAUUAUAUACAGCGUUUACAAUUUUUGGGAGCUUCAAUAAUGCAUUCUCCAUCCAUCUAUUUAAGCGUGUUUCGUUUGUCUAUUUGUCUGUACAUCGACAGGAUGCUCAACAAUCGUAGUCCAUGAGGCAUGAUUUCGCAUUUGGGUGAAGAUGUUGGGCAAAUUAUGCACUGUCCUGCGUAACUGGACAACGCCAGUUUCGAAGCCAGCCAGACAAUAUCCGGCACUAUUCCGCUGGCGUUUCACAGCAUUCAUACUAAAUCUGUGACCAAUAAUAAAGACUUCAGGCCAGAACACCCACCUAGUUCAUUCGAGCUGGUAUCUAGCUGUGUCGCGCUAAAAUUGAGGUCAACAACCAGAUACCGGGCUAUGUCGAGCUGGUUUAUGGCUGCAUCACGCUAAAAUUGAGACCAGCAAUGGGAGUACUUUUCCAGAAUACCUCUCUGAGUCGAGCUGAUAUCUGUUGCAUCACGCUAAAUUUGAGGUCAACAACCUGUUGAGUUGAGUGGAGUUGAUGUCUGGUUGCAUUACGCUAAAAUUGAGGCCGACUAUCGCUUACCUCGCGAAUCAAGGCGAGGCCCGGAUUCAAUACCAGCGGUGGAAGGGCUUCGUUUGUUUGCAAUAUUCCUCGUUCUUAUAUCGUUGAGUUUUUUCCCAUCCUUCCUUUCAAUCCCUCUCUCCAUACCUUUUUGAUCCUGAACUAGAAGUCUCCUGACUUUUGUCAUGGCUUGGAACUCACUUGGGACAUCCUUCCACUAGUCGGAUGCGCAGCCUUUCCAGACAACGACAUUUACCGGCGAUGACUCUGGCUCGAAUCACCAAGGAGAUGUAUCAUAUCGUUAUGAGACAAUCGAUCCCGCAUUGUUAGACAACAGACGUUACCCCUCGGUUACCGAUCAGAACGAACUUGGCCCCGAGAUCGAGCCACAAUACGACUCUACGUACGACCGCAUCCAAGAUGUUGAUAGUCAGGACCAGUCUUUACCGCCACCUUCUUUCCAAGACCCAACAUUCAUUCCUAUCCAGAGCAUUCAGAUUACAGAGUCUCAGCCACAAGAAACCAGCGUACCACCACUCACCUGCGAGUUUUGUCCUUCCCUGUCUUUCUCCUGGCCCUAUGAACUCAAGUUAGUUUUCCAUAAUUUUUGGACAGAUUCUUGGCCUAAAACCGUAUCUAUAGCAAACAUAUGUUACGCCACACGAAACCUUACAAAUGCCCUGAUUUAUCAUGUGUCUAUGCUACUGAGGGGUUCGGGGAAAAGAAAACACGCGACAACCACGUCAGUUCAAUACACCCUGGUGGCUUUCCUGGUACUCAGCAGUUCUUCUGCACGAUCAAAUCUUGCCCACGGUCAGAGAAUUACGGUACUGGCUUUCCGAGGAAGGAUAUGCGUCAGAGACACAUGAAGUCUCAUAAGGAAUUGCGUGGACAUGGAUAUGGGACUUGACUUGGUUCAGAGGAUCACCACUCAUUUUUUUGUUAUGACUUAAUGCAUGAUGAUUGAUGACUUCUGAAAAACAUAUACACGAUAUCACAAGUCAAGAGCUACUCUCCGCGAGGACUGAAAUUGUGAUAUCUAUUAUUGUUCUGAGAUGAGUGAAAGCACAGCCUCCG